CAGGGGUGGGCGUGGCCCGCGGUGGGCGGGGCCAGCGCGGCCGUUCGCGCUCCGCCGCUCCUCGGCCGCCCCCGCCGCUCCGAGCCCGGCAGCCUGGCAUGGUGAGGCGAUGCCGCGCACGCCGGCCUCCAGCGAGGAGGAGGAGGGGGGUCGGGGCUCCGAGUACCCCGAGGCCGAUUCGGACUCGGGGAGUUCCCGCGAGGGCCCCCCCGGCCCCCCCCGCGCCCCCCGGGGCCCCCCCCGGCCGCCGCCCCCCGAGGAGGCGCAGUUCAGCAUGAUGGUGUUCCGCAUCGGCAUCCCCGACCUGCACCAGACGAAGUGCCUGCGCUUCGACCCGGCUGCGGCGGUGUGGGCGGCCAAGCAGCAGCUGCUGUGCGCGCUGACCGAGGGGCUCCACGACGGCCUCAACUACGGCCUCUUCCAGCCCGCCGCCGCCGGCCGCGACGCCAAGUUCCUGGACGAGGAGCGGCCGCUGCGCGACUACCCCCAGAGCUUCGACCAGGGCGUGCCCUACCUGGAGUUCCGGUACAAGACGCGGGUGUACAAACAAACCAACCUGGACGAGAAACAACUGGCCAAGCUGCACACCAAGGUGGGUGGGACACGCCCCCUGCCCCAGGCCACGCCCCCUGCCCCAGGCCACGCCCCCUGCCCCCAGGCCACGCCCCCUCUCCCGUAG